CAAAUAUUCACAAUGGUCAAAAUCACUGGCUUCACCACGCGGGACGUGAGGUUCCCGACCUCGCUCGACAAGACCGGCUCAGAUGCUAUGAAUGCAGCGGGUGACUACUCCUCCGCCUACUGCAUCAUCACCACAGACUCAGAACACUCCGGACAUGGCAUGACUUUCACAAUCGGACGCGGCAAUGAAAUUGUCUGCGCAGCAAUCUCCCUGCUCGCCCCAAUGGUGGUUGGCAAAGAUUUGGACGAGAUGACCGCAGACUGGGGCAAGACCUGGAGGUACCUUGUCUCCGACAGCCAGCUGCGCUGGAUCGGCCCCGAAAAGGGUGUGAUCCACCUUGCCCUUGGUGCCGUCGUCAAUGCCCUCUGGGAUCUGCGGGCCAAGACCCUCGGAAAGCCCGUCUGGCGCAUCGUUGCCGACAUGACCCCCAAGGAGUUUGUGCGUUGCAUUGAUUUCCGCUACAUCACUGAUGCCAUCACGCCUGAGGAGGCUAUCAGUAUGCUGAAGGAGGUUGAGUCUGGUAAGCAGGAGCGUAUUAAGGAAGCUGAGGCUAGCAAGGCUGUCCCUGCCUAUACUACCAGUGCCGGGUGGUUGGGAUACAGCAAGGAUAAGCUGAAGUUGUUGUUGCAGCAGAGUGUUGAGCAAGGGUAUAAGCAUUUCAAGCUUAAGGUUGGAGGAGAUCUGGAAGAUGACAAGACUCGCUUGCGUAUUGCACGUGAGGCUAUUGGGUAUGACAAGGGUAACAUUUUGAUGGUUGAUGCCAACCAGGUCUGGUCCGUCCCCGAGGCAAUUACCUGGAUGCAAGAACUCGCAGAGUUCAAGCCCUGGUUCAUUGAAGAGCCCACCUCCCCCGAUGACAUUCUCGGUCACGCCGCCAUCCGCAAGGCCCUGGCCAACACACCGCACGGUCCUGUGGGCGUCGCCACAGGCGAGAUGUGCCAGAACCGUGUGAUCUUCAAGCAGUUGCUGCAAGCCGGUGCCUUGACUGUUCUGCAGCCCGACGCCUGCCGCGUCGGUGGUGUGAACGAGGUUUUGGCUAUUCUCCUUCUGGCACGCAAGUUCGGCGUGCCUAUCGUGCCACACUCGGGAGGUGUCGGUCUGCCAGAGUACACACAGCACCUGAGCACGAUCGACUAUGUUGUUGUCACCGGCAAGAAGAGUGUUCUCGAUGUCGAGAUGAAGGCUGAGAGUAUGGAUGCUUUCGAGUACCCCGGGCAGGAGGGGAAGAGUUGGUGGAGAUCGGAGGAGGCUAAGAGCAUUAUUGAUGGGCCUAGAGUUGUAUAG